AGGCAAGCACUCCUGCGGCUGCCCUGCUGUGCCUGAGCAUGGGGGCCCCGCGUAUCCCUGUGCGGACCGUCCUCUUCCAGCGUGAAAGGACUGGCCUGACAUACCGUGUGCCCGCACUGCUGCCCGUGCCCCCCGGGCCCACCCUGCUGGCCUUCGCAGAGCAGCGGCUCAGCCCUGAUGACGCUCACGCCCACCGCCUGGUGCAGAGGAUCGGCACGCUGGUGGGGGGCUCCGUGCGGUGGGGCGCCGCGCAUGUGCUGGGGACGGCGGCCCUGAAGGAGCACCGCUCCAUGAACCCCUGCCCUGUGCAUGACACGCGCACAGCCACCAUCUUUCUCUUCUUCAUCGCUGUGCGCGGACGCACCUCCGAGGCCACGCAGAUCGCUGCGGGCAGGAACGCUGCUCGCCUCUGCUGUGUGAUGAGCCGAGAUGCGGGGCACAGCUGGGGUGGUGUACGGGACCUCACAGCAGAGGCGGUGGGCGGCGCUGAGCAGGACUGGGCCACGUUUGCUGUCGGCCCAGGCCAUGGCAUCCAGCUGCACUCGGGCCGCCUGCUGGUGCCGGCCUACGCCUACCGUGUGGAUCGGCGAGAGUGCUUUGGCAAGAUUUGCAGGACCAGCCCCCACUCCUUCGCCUUCUACAGUGAUGACCAUGGCCGCACCUGGCACCGCGGAGGCCUCGUGCCCAACCUGCGCUCAGGCGAGUGCCAGCUGGCUAUGGUGGACAGUGAGCAGGCUAGCGGAGUCCUCUAUUGCAACGCCCGGAGCCCCCAGGGCAGCCGUGUGCAAGCGAUCAGUGUAGAUGGGGGCGCCUCCUUCCUGCCUGGGGAGCUGGUGCCCACCCUGACUGAGACUGCCUGGGGCUGCCAGGGCAGCAUCGUGGGUUUUCUGGCCCCGCCUUCCAGCGGGCCAAGGGAUGAGGGAUGGUCAAUGGGCACUAGGAAUGCCCCCCACCUUCCACACCUCUGCCCCGGGGUCCAGGAGCCCCUAGAGGAGGGGGCUGGAGACACCCACGGAAGUCGGGGGCUGGGUGGGACAGAGGGAUGUGGGGAUGGUCCCUGGGAGCCUGGCCCGGGCUCUGGGCUCAGUGUGAACAGGGGGCCCUGGACCCUGAAGCUCCCUGGGCCCCCUGUGGCCUUGUCUCAGGGCCCUACAUGGCUGCUCUACUCCCAUCCCGUGGGGCACAGGGCCCGGCUCCACAUGGGCAUCCACCUGAGCAGGUCCCCCCUGGAUCCCCACAGCUGGACGGGGCCCUGGGUCAUCUAUGAGGGCCCCAGUGGCUACUCGGACCUGGCAUGCGUUGGGCCCACUUCCAAGGGGGUCCUGACCUUCGCCUGUUUAUAUGAGAGCGGGGCCAGGGCCUCCUACGAGGAGAUCUCCUUCUGCCUGUUCUCCCUGCGUGAAGUCCUAGAGAAUGUGCGGGCGGGCCGUGAGCUGUCUGGUCUCGGGGACAAGCCUCGACAGCGCUGCUGGCCCUCCUGAUGGGCCUCUGGCCAGGCCUGGUCCCCGGGUGC